GUUACUCUUUGUCCCCUCUCUCGCCCGCUCGCCGUCAUGUCGCACGUUGUAGAGCUCCCGAUUGUCCCGCCUCCAAACCCUGCGGGUUGGACUCCCCCGGCCUCCUCUGGAAAGUCCGUCGCUCCCUUGGUGGAGCGUAGACUUAUCCCCGCAGGCCCUGCAUACCUUGCACAUGUCAAGCGUGCUGUCCAUCAACUAACGUUCGAGGAACACGACAAACACGCGGAGGAAGAAAGAAAACGCUUUGAGACACUGAACGGUGUUAACGGCAAUGGCGAGGACGAUCUCGGAAUUGGUGAUGAGCCUGAGACUGAAGAUCUAUUGAGCCUUGACCCUAAGGAGUGGAAAAAACAAGAUCACUAUGCUGUCCUUGGAUUGUCCCACUUGCGUUACAAGGCAAACGAUGAACAAAUCAAGGUCGCUCAUCGAAAAAAGGUGCUCAAGCACCAUCCCGACAAGAAGGCGGGCGUGGCGGGCGACUCCAACGACGACGCUUUCUUCAAGUGUAUACAAAAAGCGAUGGAUGUCCUCAGCAACCCCGAGAAGCGCCGCCAAUUUGACUCCGUGGACCCUCACUUCGAGGAACUGGAGCAGGAAGUACCUACCGAAAAGGAGGUCAAAAGCCACAAGAACCCCGACGCGUACUUCUUCGAGAUGUUCACUCCCAUCUUCGAGCGCGAGGCGCGCUUCAGCCGCAGCCAGCCUGUCCCCAUGCUUGGUGCGGUCGACGCCUCCAAAGAGGAAGUCGAGGGCUUCUAUCACUUCUGGUACAACUUCGACAGCUGGAGAAGCUUCGAGUACCAUGACAAGGAGGUCAACGAGGGUAGCGACAGCCGUGAUGACAAACGGUACACCGAGAAAAAGAACAAGUCGGAGCGUGCUCGUCGCAAAAAGGAAGACACCGCCCGUGUCCGUCAGCUUGUUGACCUUACUCUUGGCCUAGACCCACGCAUCAAGCGCAUCAAGCAGGAGGAGAAAGCAACUCGGGAAGCCAAGAAGAAGGGCAAGGCCGGUGGUGCGCAGAACGGCCUGACACAGAAGCAGAAGGAGGAAGAGGAGAAGAAGCGUGCAGAGGAGGAGGCUAAGAAGAAGGAAGAGGAGGAAAAGGCCGCUCGCGCCGAGGCAAAGAAGGCCAAGACCGCUGCAGCGAACGCUGCCAAAAAGGCCCGUCGUGCGGCGCGUACUGUGGAAGACGACGCCGCCGCAUAAGCAUAAAUGGACUGUAUCUACUACUUGUGGCAUUUUGUCGGUCUUAUAUCGCCUUUUCCGCCGAACACACUCAUGUUGCAUUGUCUUAGAAGCUGUUGUCGCAUGUCGCACAUGUUUUACUAAUGAACAUCUUUGGAUUCUGU